CAACUUUGACAUUGACAGCAGUAUGCACGUCCCGUCUCUUUCUGUCUUUUUGUAAAAGUUGACGGAAGCCGAAAAUAUGGCCACAUCCAAAAAGAAGACCAGGAAGCUGAGAGGACAUGUGAGCCAUGGUCACGGUCGUAUCGGCAAGCACCGUAAGCAUCCUGGUGGUCGCGGUAACGCCGGUGGUGAGCAUCACCACAGAAUUAACAUGGACAAAUACCAUCCUGGAUAUUUUGGCAAGCUGGGUAUGAGGAACUACCACUUGAGGCGAAAUAAGAUCUUCUGCCCAGUGCUGAACCUUGACAAGCUGUGGACACUGGUGUCAGAGCAGGCCCGCCUUAAGUAUGCUAAUGCCACAGAUGGGAAGGUUCCAGUCAUCAAUAUUGUUAAGGCUGGUUAUUACAAGCUGUUAGGCAAAGGCAAUCUUCCCAAACAACCUGUCAUAGUGAAAGCCAAGUUUUUCUCCAAGACAGCAGAGAAGAAGAUCAAGGAUGUUGGGGGUGUCUGCGUCCUGAGCGCGUAAUUUAGUAUACAAUAAAAGUAUAAAAAAAAUCACA